AUCAUCCCAUCAACCCUUUCCGAUCGAUACCACCAUACAAUCCGACACCAUGAGUUCCAACACGAAUCCUUCCGCUCAACGUGUGCAUAAGGGCAAGACGGCUCUAAUCACCGGUUCCGCCAGAAGCAUUGGUGCCGCCAUCGCGCGGAACCUGGCGGCCAAGGGUGCCAACAUCUGCAUCAUCUACUUGACAGAAGCGUCAGACAAGGCAGCCAAGGACCUAGCCGAGGAGCUCUCCGCCGCCCACGGCGUCAAAGCUGUCCCCUGCCGCGCCGAUGUGACCACCAAAGAAGGCUGCGACCUCAUCAUUUCAACUAGCCAAUCCUCCCUGCCUCCCAACCCCAAGACCGGCAAACUCCAGGUCGACAUCCUCGUGCACAGUGCCGCCCUCUUCCACACCGCCCCGAUCGAGGCCGUGACCCCAGAGGACUUCUACAAAGUCUACACGACCAAUGUGCUGGGUCCCAUCCUGCUAACCCAAGCCUGCAAGCCGUUCUUACCCACCGACCGCUCCGGUCGCAUUGUAAACGUCAGCAGUGUGGGCAGCCAAGUCGGCCUGCAGUACCUGACGCUGUACGGGGGCACCAAGGGCGCCAUUGAGGCCAUGACGCGCACCUGGGCACGUGAGCUGGCCGAGAAUUGUACUGUUAAUAGCAUCAAUCCCGGGUCCACCAUGACGGACAUGCUUCAGCAUGCUAGCGACGAGGUGAAGCAGGCUAUUGCCCUGUUUUACCCGCUCACGCCGCUUUCGGGUGUGCGCGAGUGGGAUUCGGAUGAGAUGAAGAAGUUCGGGGAGAAGUAUGGUGGGAGGGUGGCGUACCCGGAGGAGAUUGCUGGAAUUGUGGGCAUGAUUUGCAGUCCUGAGUCGAGCUGGAUGACAGGAUCGUUGGUUAGUGCCAAUGGCGGCCAGUGGAUGAGUAGCUAGAAGGAUGGAUGAGUUUGAGAUCGAAUAGAUGUAGGGGUACUGAUCUGUGGAGCGUAAUUGCCCCCUCAACCCUAAUCCCCGACGUGAAG